AUGGAUAAACAUCUUGAGAUGGAAUCAGAAAAACCACAUAUUUUAGGUUCUUAAUUCUUAAUAUGCUAUAGUUAACUAAGAAAAUGAGUUGAUAGGAGAUGUGGAGAAAUAUUUUUAAUCUUCUCAUUAAAAUAGGAAGGAGCUUCCUGUGAUUAGAGUAUUCGAGGAUUCUUGUUCUGAUUUACCCUAAUCAGACCAACCUUUUGAUAAUGGGGAAGCAAUUUUAGAAGAUUUAGGUUUUGAAAAACUGCAAAUUUAAUCUGUUCACAGUGAUGGAAGAGCAACAUCUUGGAGCCACACUGAUGAUAAUAAUUCUUUGAACAAGCAAUAUUUAAAAAGGCCUAGAACUAGACAAUAGUUAAGCAACAAAAUUGUGGAGAGUAACUAGGAACUUUUUAAUGUACAUUAUGCUAAAAGUCUCUACACAAGCAAAAUCAGUUAAUUAGUUGAUAAAAAGAUUUUAACUAACCCAAAAUCUAAUCGAAUUUCGUAAUAUUAAUUAUAUUUAAUAUGAAAGGAAGAGUUAAUAGAAGAUUAAAAGAAAAUCAUCUUAAUAACUUAUUGAAACUUCAGAUUAAUCAGAAUAAAAGAGUUCUUUGUAAUCAGGAGGUGAAAUGUCUGAGGACAGAUUAGCAAGGAAUAGAGUUGCAGCUCGAAAUUCUAGAGCUAGAAAGAGGCUUUAUUUUGAAUUGUUGGAAAAUAAAGUAAAGGAUUUACAAGAUGAAAUUGAUAGAUUGAAUGAACUUUGUUAAAAUUAGGCGAAAUAAAUAUAGUAAUAUAGAGAAUGUUAAGAAGAUGUAAUAAUUUAAAAAAUAUUAUAGUAUUAAUACAAAUUGGAGUUGUAGAAAAAAUUAAUAGAGUAAUUAGAGAUUUGUUAAAUCAAAGAUGAAGAUUAAGAAACAACUAAAUUUGUAUUAGAAUAAUUAAAAGAAUGUUAAUUAAAUACUGAAAAGAAAACAGUUGGAAAUUAAUAUAUAGAGAAUCUAUUAGAGAUUUUGUUACCCAUAGAAUUAAAAUAUAUUGUUUAUAGUUAUGAUCAAAAUAAAGAUUUAUUAUCUGAUUUUUAAGGGUAUUAUUUUCAAAUUAAAUAUUAGAUCUUUUCUUGAAUGGACUAAAGAAACAUUUUAAUUAAUGGAUAUUAAGUAAGAGUAAUUUAAGAAGAUAAGAAAGCACAAAGAGAAAUUAAAUUGUGUGAAAAAAAGUAUCACAAGGUAAUCAUUAAUUUUCAUUAAUUUAGUUGUAUAAAUAAUCUUUAUACUUCAGUAAAGACGAUAAUUAAUGAAACAUCAAAAGUGGAUUCAAUUUGGAAGUCUAUUUAUGAGAGUUUAGAACCAUUUUAAUUAAGAUCUUUACUUUUGAUAAUUUAUUAAGUAAGAGUAUAGAUAGAAAAAUUAUAGAAUUAACAUAGACCAGUUUUCGAUAGCAGUAAUUUAUUUAGUGAUUGUAAAUAUUUCAAACAAAACUCAUAAGUAUAACAAUUUGAAAAUAAUUCAUAGAGUUAAAAUGAUUCAAACUGUUAACGGCCUGCAAAUUUAAGAUAAUAUGUAAAAAAAAAUAAUUGA